ACGGGUUGCCCGGGAAACGGCCGCAUGGCAACAGGAUCAGAGCCUGGGGGUUGUCUGCUUCUAGGUCUGCUCCCAUUUUACAUCGCAUUUCCUCACUAGAUGGUGUGCAAGCCACUGGAGAGUACACUUCCCCGCACAGUGGGCUCUACAUCCAGCAAAAACAAACCUGGGAAACUAUACGGCGGACCAUUUCUUUACGGGGCUCCGAGGAGGAAAAGUGUGGAAAUAAAGCGUCGUUUUCUUUUCUUUUUUUUUGAAGCUAACUCCUCGCUUUUUCUUUUUUUUUUGCAACAAGAAGACUUGGGAGAAAGCGGCAACAAAACACAGCUGCGAUGGACAUAAUGAUUGCGGUGCAGGAUGCUUGUGUCUCUGGUCAGUGGCUUACUGCGAUAAUUCUCAGCUUGUGCUGCUUUCUGCCGUCCUGUUUGCCCGCUGGACAAACUGUGGACUAUUCCUCGGUUGAAAGUGUGGUCAGCAGACAAGGCGACACGGCUCUACUGAGGUGCUACCUAUUGGAUGGGAUCUCUAAAGGAGCCUGGCUGAACCGCUCAAGCAUCAUAUUCGCAGGAAAAGACAAGUGGUCCGUGGACUCGCGUGUGUCCAUCGUGUCCAGCGUCGGAGACAAACAUGAGUACAGCCUUCAGAUACAGAAGGUGGAUGUAUUCGACGACGGCCAGUACACAUGCUCCAUUCAGAGUGAGCGCAACCCACGGCCAAAGCUCCUCAACCUAAUUGUAAAAGUUCCUCCCAAGAUAUAUGACAUUUCCUCUGACAUCACGGUAAACGAGGGCAGCAAUGUGUCGCUCAUCUGUACAGCCAGUGGGAAACCUGAGCCGAGCAUUUCCUGGAGACACAUAACCCCAUUAGCUGGAGAGAUACAAGCCAGGAAGUAUGACAGUGGUGAAUAUCUUAACAUCACCGGCAUCACAAGGGACCAGGCUGGAGACUACGAAUGCAGCGCUUUAAAUGACAUCGCCUCUCCUGACACCAGAGCAGUAAAAGUCACAGUCAACUUUGCUCCAGCUAUCCAUGAGAUGAAAAGCCAUGGAGUUGGUCUGGGACGCACAGCUCUGCUAAGGUGCGAGGCAGCUGCUAUGCCCUCUCCAACAUUCGAGUGGUACAAGGGUGAAAAAAGGAUUAUCAAGGGUCAAGACAUCGACAUCAAGAGCCUCAGCUCCAGAUCAGUCCUCACAGUGACCAACAUGACAGAAGAUCGUUAUGGGAACUACACAUGUGUCGCCUCCAACAAGCUAGGGAUGGCUAACGCCAGUGUGCCUCUCAUUCCAAUUAUUGAACCUACCACCACUAGUGCUGUCUCAAGCCCAGCGCCCAACACUGCACCCUAUGGGAGCACAGGAAGUGCGCACAUCCCGCUGGCCUGCCAAUACCUGGUCCUGGCUCUCUCCUCCUUCAUCAGCGUGUACUAGCAGAGGCCAGUCCAGAUACAAUGACUGUCGAGAGCAUUUAUGAAUCCCUUUUGACAUUGCUGAAGGCUGGAAUCCAAUCUGGUACAGUUUGUUGAAAAGCCGUGAAGGGGGAAAAUAGGCAGCGUUACUUUGUGUGGGGAUAUUUACUUUUUCUUCCCUUUUUUUUUCUAUGCUUUUUGGUGAAAUGUAUGUCAUGUAAAUACUAUGAUGUUUUUUUAUUAUUAUAAUUAUUAUUAUUAUUUCCUCUCUUCUUUCACCUCACUUUGUGAAUCAGUGCAACACCCCCCCCCCCUCCCUCCCCUCCCCCUCCCCCCCUCCAAUCAUAUCAAAAAGCCCCGAAACUUCCCAAAUGAGUUACUUUCAUGCUCUGGGAGGCAAUGGCGCAGAAACAUUUUCAUCCGUUUUUGUACAUGGCUAAAAAGAAGCAAUUGUGCCAAGUCUCUCAGUACACAGAAUUACCAUGCCAAUGUUGUAUUGAAUGUAUUAUGGGUUGUUGAACAAAGGGAAGACACUUAGAUUCCUAACAAUACAAAUUCUGAUUAUGGAGUGUGCUUAAAAAAAAACUGGAGAAAAAAAACUGGAGAAAAAAAAUCAAAAGAACAAAAAGACAGGGCUUUUUCAGGACCUGUAUUGUCAUGAUUACUCACUAGAUGGAUGAACAGUGUUGAAGGUGUGUUUUGUUGUAUUCUGAAAUGGGUCCUUCAGUUACUAUGCCUGCCUAACAGAUUUGAUCAGGCAGCCGUCAAAGUAGCAAAGUAUACUGUAUUGUAUCUUUAUAUUUUAAUAUAGUGUAGGCUUUUGUUUUAAAGAGGGACCAGCUUUUCUCAUUCGACCAAGAACAUUAACACAGACUUUGUACAGUAAGAAGGGAGGAACAUCGCUGCCCUAUGUUUACAUUUUUCUUGAAAAUAUAAAUACUACAUUAUAUACUCCGUACUUUUUCCUUUCAGAGAGUUCACAUACGUGAAUGUCUCAACAAUCUGUUGCAGUCGAGAAGAAAAAGCAGAGCCCAAGUUCAACUAUUGUAAGCUUUUCUCCUAAAGAUGCGGUUCUUUGAAACAUGCCACCUUCAGUGGGCGUCUGAGCAGAGCGUUCUGCCUGUGAAUUAUUAUUAUAACCUCCUGAUCAUCGACUGGCUGAAAACCCACAUCUGCACACUGUAAGUCGCUUGAGGUUUUUGGCUUCAACUUUUGGCAUGAUACUUAAAUAAUGGACUCUGGGAAAGCAGCAAAUCUGCAUCACUAUAUUUUAUUCCUCUUUUUUUAUUUACAGAUAAUUCAAUACCUAAAUAUAUUAUAGUAUCUUACAGUAAAUAUAUGUACUUUAUCUCACCAGUUAACAAAUAAGGGACACCUAGAGAGCCAAAAGUUAAGAUUUCUUGCAAAUACACCAACAUAUAUGAUCUAAAAUGUAUAAUAAUGAAACCUGCUUUGCCUCCAAUCUGAGUCCUUCUCAUGUUAGUUAUGAACACAAAAUAAAGACUACAAACAUGCCCUGAGGUGCUCAGAGCUCCUCCAAGAUGAGAGUUCAUUUUAUUCAAACGGCUGAUAAGUGUCCACAGGGCCAGUGAAUGUCCAGCAGAGAAUAAAUUAAACCAUGAGGUCGUUUAAUAGGAGAAAAUGUGGCUUUUUCUUCACUGAAAUCAACCAUAUCAAGGCUCAAAACAGUUUACUUUUUGACUGUCAUGGCAUAUUCAUCCUAAAGUAUCUUCAAUUCAUGGUGUAAACAGAGAUACUGUACUGUAAUGCCUUAAUAGUACCAUAGACAUUAAAUUAACCUCCUUUAGAAGGACACUUCCAGAAGCUCUCAAUAAAAUACAACUCAUUUGUUUGACAUAUUACUGCUUAUUGAAUGUUCAUGAACCAGUAGCUGACUUAUCUUUCUAAUUCGGCGUUAUUCAGUAAAAAAAAAACUAAAUUUCUCAACUCGUGGCUCCUGCAGGUAUUUUCAAAUAAGCCAGUUGCAUCUGAUUUAAAAAACAAAAGAAGCAGUAUUUGUCAUACAGGUUGACAUGUUUGCAGGUCUUGUUUGGAUUUGGAUUGUGUUAUAUUUUGCCCUGCGAUCGAGGGACUAACCGUUCACGCAGUAUUUUCACAUGAACUUAUAACUGCAAACUUCUAGAGAAAUAGCCAUCGCAGUUAAAAGACUUAAAGCACAAACACUGUUAUUACUUUUACGUUUUGUGGUGAUUUGUUUUAAGGUCUGCUAAUCAUUUUUAUUUUUGUUUUUUUAUUGUUUGUACUGAAACUUAUCAGCUUGUUUUACAAAUUAUAAAAAUACUGCACCAUAUGAUCUUGUUUAAAUGUUAAGGUAUAAUGAAAAUGGGUCAGAAGUAUAUUUAUUCUCUUCCUUUAUGAAAACAAUGUAUAAAAAAUUACAUUUGAAACAUGUAAUACUGGAUAUGUGACAUUUAUUUGAAUGAGGCACAGUAUGGCAUAGUUUAUAAUGUUGUCGGGUUCAUUUAGAUGCCAUAGCUGUUGUUGAUUUUUUGUCAGACGAGUACAUUAAAAAGAAAAAUGUUUGCAAUCAAAUUACCUACUUUUUGAAACAGAGAGGGUGUGAACCAAUAUAACAGUAUUAUAGAACAGAAUCAAUGUGUGUAUAUUUGGAGAAAAUAGGAUAACUUUUGAUCUUUAGAGCCAGUGUGUAGUCAUAGUUUUCACACACUUGCGUGUUUAACGAUGUGCAGAGAGUAUGGUUGUGCUGCAUGUCAAAGUUAACCUGUGUUUUUGAGGUGGCCAUUUUACAAAUAUUCAUACUUUUUAUGAAUGGAACCAGUUUUUUCCAAAACCGUUGGUUCUUAAACCUGGUCGAAAAAUACAUACCUCCUACAGACCAGCCGGCUAUGUUUGUUUGUGAUUUCUUUGAAACAACUUUUGCUGAUUAACUAAAAACAACUGCUGUUCAGAGUCAUGAUGAUUAUUGUGGCACAUUGGUGACAGUCUGGAGUUUUGUUGGUUGCUUGUCUGAGCAGUCAACGCUAGUAUUCAUACAUAUGAAAUGUACUGGAUGUUGAGUAAUGGUAUUAACAAUCCCUUUUAUCGAAUCACUAUUAUUUGCAAUAAAAGUCUUCAUGUUACAAUAUAAACCCACAUCUGAGUUCAUGAGCACUCAAAAGGGGGUUUGUCAUUAUCACUGGGACAGGGUUUGAAUCAGAGCGCGCCAGUAAGACGAAGUCCUCCUUAAAAUACAAAAUGUCUCGUCGCCACGUCAAAAUCCUUCCCCGUAUGUUGUAGCUAGACGGGAGUCGGCUAAAGCUAGCCAAUAUUAAUUUAAUAAUACUCACAUACACACACACACAACAUUUUAUCCCCUAAAUCAGGAUCUUUGAAAGUGUAGGACUGAGCCGAUCAAUUUAGAUAAAACGUGAUAUCUUCAGCUUUUAUUGUCAGAUGUGCUUUACCACAUUGUUGUCACUAUUUCCAGAAGCAGACCACUACACAGCAGUCUCCACUAAAAAAAAAAUACCACUUUUUGGAAUAAUGAUUAGAGUAAUGGAAAAAUAAUUUUACUUUGCCGCAGUAUUGUAGCUGCACAUUGCGAGCUGCGGUACAUUGGUCUGCUUUUGUAGAUACAAAUGAAUUAUCAAGUCCUUUUGAAGUUGACAAGCAAAACACUGAUUUGUCAGUGGAACAGUUAAACCCUGGUGAAACAAACACUGCUGGGACUAUUCAGAGGCUUGCGAGGCGUGAGGGAAAUAUCAGUCUUUGUACAGCGUAGCUUGAAUUAUUGAGUCAUCUUAAUUUUGCCAUAUCAUGCAUAUUUGAUCCCCUCCCCUCUGCCCUCAAACCCUGCAUAAAUCCUCCUGAGCCCAGAUGGCCAGAAGCCACAGUACAUAGGAUUAAACACCAUUUGCACUGCAUCCUCAUCAUUGACUGGAGUGUGUCGCUCAGUAUAUAUGAUCUGGAGAUAUUUACAAAUGUAAAUCACUGCACAUUCAUCAUCCAUCAGAGGGCGAUUACGCCUCUCUUUUUUUUUAUCGCAACAGCACAAUGCUUUCGUGUAUCCUCUGACCUGAAUACACUCUUGACUAUAUAAUCCACGGUUGUGUGACCUACCUCAUAAAAGUUCAGUUGAAAAAGUCGUGUUGAUGUACAAGCUGAAAAGAGGCCAUGCCACCCACCUGCGGAGAUCACUGCGUCACCCAGCGUCCCCAGCUCACAGUGCAGGGGAAAAAAAUCUCUCUCUCACUUUUAAAUUUAAGAUAAGAGGAUUUUAAAUAUUCAUGCUAGUGCGUAUUAUUACGGCCCCACAUUCCCCACUUUUUAAAUUGUCCAUUUUAAAGCUCCUCUCACCCCGAUGCAUCAGAAUCAUAUUGUUCUGUCUGCAUUUAUAACAAGUUUGGAUUUAUGGAACAACAGCUGAGUCUUAAAGGGGGACAAGUACUGUACUGAAUGUGCCUUUAAAAUAUUUGAUCAAUCAUAACCAGCCCUUAUUUAGAUCACUAAUGCUCCUGCACGCAGUCUUUUAACUUAUCGCUCACCUCAGUUUUCACCGGCUAUUUAUAACAUGAACUAAACAUUCAAUAUGUCAACAUAGAAGCUGCAUCACUAAUUAAGUUUAACAGUUAUUCUAACACAUGUAACCCCAAAGUAGCAUAGACAUACAAAUGAAUUAAAUAAAGUUAAAUGUCAUAAUUAAAUUAAUUAGGAUUGAUGCAUAGUUCAAGUGUAGUCGUGUAUUUGACAGAAGGUUCAAAUCAUCUUCUUCCUGAUUAUUAUCAGGUUAAACUGUGUACACAAACUGUUUUAUCUUCUUUAUUAUGAAAGGCAUGUUAAUAAUCUUCUCUGUGACGGACAUACUGUACCUGACACUAAAAUAUUCCUGCUCCAGAAAAAAAAAAAAAAAAAGAAUACACAGAGCUUGAGUUUAAACAAACAGCAAGAAAUGUUUUGCGGAUGAUGUGCCA